AUGACCACCUACUGCAACUACGACUAUACCAACAACCCUGAUCCAGUCCCAGAUUUCCUGCAAUGUCUUCCAGAUCUUCAGGCUGUUGCCGACAUUGAGGAUGUGAGGACCCAUGGGAACAAGCUUCUCAGUGUGCCUCCUGGUCCUGAAGGAGGGAUUAUUCGUCAAUUCAUUGCUGCUAAAGAGAAAGAAGUUGAACAAUGGACCCAAGGAGUUUUGCCUCGAGAUGAAUUCGUCGAUGAGGAGGGUCCUGAGACCGACGACGAACGGAAUGAUGGACAAAAGACUCAAAGAAAGGUCCUAUGUUGCACACUCAAGUCUCUUAUCGCGUCCUCGGUUUUCUUGUUCUGUUGCGUCGUCUUCCUCAUUGUUGUCGUCAUCGUGCGUUCGAUGAGAGCAGAGCCAAACAGAUUAACGACGUCUUCAGGCUUCAGUCAACGAAACAACGCUACCACCAUUGCACCCAUUGCCACGCUCGACGAGCCAUCAUCCAAAGAGACGGAAAGAGCCAACGUCACAGAGGCACAAAUGGAGGACAAGUUUCUGUUGAUAGAAGGAGAGGCUUGCGAUGGACACGACAAAUGUAGAUCGGGGCUCUGCGGCGGUGAUGCCCCGCCAUAUGCCUGCCAAUCUCGGCUGAAGGGUUGUCGACCGUGCUAUCAGGACCGCAAUUGCCUCUCUGGGUUGUGCCUUAUUCGAAGUGGCCAAUCCAUCUGUGCUUCUACUGUGGAUGGCAGGAUGGAGCUGGGUUGCUUUUGUGACGAAGAUGAGCAAUGCUCUAGCCAACGCUGUGAAGGAACCUGCAGAGCACCAGUCAAAUGGUGCACACUUGAUACUGAUUGCCCUUAUGGAGUUUGCUAUCUAGGCCUGUGUACAGACGAUGAUUUGACGAGCGGGGGAAACAAUCAAUUGCACGAACAGCCUCCGGGGGGUCUUUGUAGUGGGGACGCUGACUGCAUAAGCAGAAUUUGCGUCGAGGUUGCGCAGGGCGAAGAUUGGAUAUGUUCCUCUGGGGAAAUGGGGAGCAUCUGUGGGGCAGACAUUGACUGCAAGAGCGAACGAUGUUAUCAAGGCAUUUGCGCACAAAAACAAUCCUCUGGAGGUCCUUGUAUGGGGAAUGUAGAGUGCGACUCGGGUGUUUGCAUGGGCUUUUCUGACAACAACUUGGGGGUUUGUUUGGAUGCUGCUGAGGUUCAGCGAGUAGGCAAUAUCAACAAUCGGGGGAGUGUUUAG